AUUUUUAAUAAUGUAAUAGAAAAAAUCGCAUCUAAGAUAUGAAAUCAUUUUUUUUUUUUUUUGAAACUUUUAUAAGUUAUGGUAUAAAAGUAUUUAUUUCUACAUUCAUAUAUCUUCAUAUUUAUAGAUUUUAAUAAAAUCAUCUAAAUCGAAGAUUUUCUUUUUACUUGAGAAUAUAAUUACAAUCAGAUAUAAAUCAAGACGUUUAUUAUUUCUAACAUCUAUAUAUAUUCACAUCUCUCAAAGUUAGUUACAACAAUCGAAUGUCAAAAUGCAAGGUGCGUCAACCGGAUGUUAUGUUGCACCGUACAACAUUAACACAAUAUGGUCGGUUCAAUCUCAUACGACAAAUAUUUGUCGAAUAUAAAUUAUUAAGGUCACACAAUUAUCUGUUUAUUCUAUUAAUAUGAUAUAUUAGUAUGUUUAUGUGUUUUAAGAUAAAUCGAAAUGAGCUGGUCUUAAUUUAUUAUACUAUAUUGGAAUUCAUUUGUAAGAAUAGCCAUAAGAUAUAACUAGUUACUUCUGUGACUGAAGUUACUUUUAUUCAAAGUAUUAGCAGUAAUAUACAUCAAUAUUAACAAUGGAUGUCAGUAUAUUAUUCAGAGCCUGCGUAAAAACUGUUAGUUUACAAGAUAAAAAUUUAGGAUCUUCUAGUUUUACAAAACCAUUGAAAAAGACAAAAACUAAAAGUGCUUUUUACGUUAAAACCCAAGCUGUAGUUGCACAAAUAGCAAAACUUAAAGAAUUUUUAUUAGAAAAUCGGAAAGCUUACUUAAAUUUUUCGGAUUAUUUUUCUAACAUACCACGCAUGACUGAUGUAGAGCGUGAUCAAAUUGAUGCAGGAGCUCAAACAAUUAUGAGUACUUGUUCUCAGCUUAUUAAAGAAUUGAAGAGAGAAAUUGCAUUUUCAGAAGUUUCUAGACAAAAUAUGGAACAUCGUGAAAUCGUGUUACUCUUGAUUGAAGAUUAUUUAAAAAACGUUUGUAAAAUUUAUUCAGAACAAAAAGCUAUACGAGUGAAACAAGCUAUCGAAAUGAGGACUAUAUCUAAACUUGAAUUAGAUACAAAAUCGAACAAAAUUAUGGAAAGGGAUAAUAAACGGUCUGUUUCAAAUUUAAUUGAAAAAACAAAUAACACAGAAAAUCAGAGCAAUUCAGGCAAAUCAAAUCCCAUGAAAGUUCAAGAAAUUAAUGAAGAUGUUAAUACUCUUUUAUAUGAAGAAUUGUCACCUGAAGAUAUCCAGAUGUUUGAGUCAGAAAAUGAGCAGUUAUAUAAUGAACUUAGUACAGUAACAGAGGAGGUCAGACAAAUUGAAAGUAAAGUAGUUCAUAUAGCUGAAUUACAAGAAAUAUUUACGGAAAAAGUACUAGACCAAGACAAAGAUCUUGAUCGAUUAAUGACAACAGUUGUUGGAUCUACUGAAAAUGUAAAAGAAGCUAAUGAACAGAUUCGACAAGCUAUUCAAAGGAAUGCUGGACUUAGAGUGUGGAUUCUUUUUUUCCUAUUAGUCAUGUCAUUUUCUUUACUUUUUCUUGAUUGGUAUAAUCCGUAAAUUAAAUGUUUAAAAACAUUAUGAUGCAUUAAGGUACAGUGAAGACAAAUAUUUUGUACAUGUUCUAUGAAAAAUGUUAAUGCAAAUACAUAAUAAAACUUGUAUGUAAAUAAUUA